AUGGAGGGAAUCAAACCACCAAGUACCAAGCAGGACAAGAAUGAAGAGGCACUGACCAAGUAUGCCGCUUUUCUGUGUGGUCUCAUACUUUUAGUUAUCGCCAUUCGUUGGCUGCGCAAUAUUCACAUUACAUCUCCGCAUCUGAAAACAUCCGCGUCAUUACCGACUUACGGGCGUGAAGCCUGUUUCUUGGUGUUCCAAACUCUCGAAAGACGUCUACCGGCGUCGUGGCUCGGCCGACCUUCCUUGGGGUUCAUCUUGAUGAUCAGCGUCUACCUUAUUGGCAAUAUCGCUUUCUGCUCAAAUAUGCUUGCGAUGCCCCAGCUAUUGAAUCAUUGGGCCUCUCGAUUUGGAUGGAUGUGCGCUGGUAACAUGGGGCUAUGUGUCUUUUUUGGCCUCAAGAACACGCCUCUGGGCCUCUUUGCCUCAGUUUCGCACAGCCAACUGAAUAUCCUACAUCGCGUUGUGGGCUAUACCACUGCAUUCCUUCUCGCACUUCACGCUCUUGUAUACACCAUACAUUUUGGUCGUCAAGGUCGUUUGGUACAGUUGUUGAAGAAGGAGGAUCUUGAGGGCAUGGGAGCCGGCAUUGCCAUGCUUGUACUACUAAUGGGGGUGUUUAGACACAAGCACUACGAACUGUUCUAUGCCAGCCACGUUAUCGGCUUCGUGGCGGUCGUUCUCUUGACAGCGCUGCAUAGGCCAAACUGGGCGAAGAAGAUCCCGACGGUGAUGCUCAUCAUAUUCAGCGUGUGGACAAUGGACCGACUCAUACGGCUGAGCAAGUUGCUUCGUAACCUCGUUAACAACUCAGCGACAGUUUAUCCUCUUCCAUACAAUGGAACACGAAUAGUGCUCAAGAAGCCUGGAAUGGAAAACGCCUUACCUGGAUCGCACUGCUUUUUGUGGAUUCCGGGACUUCGCUUGUUUGAGACUCAUCCAUUUACUAUCGUUAGCAAUGGCUCUUCUGGUCUGGAGCUGGUCAUGAAAUCCCAUGAGGGCUUCACCAAAGCUGUCGGCAGCUUCGCAAGCCGGAAUCCCAGGACUUCUCUGUGGGCAUCCAUUGAUGGGCCAUAUGGCUCACUACCAGACGUGAACAACUACGAUAAACUGAUCCUCAUCGCUGGUGGCAGUGGAGCUGCUUUUACCUUUGGCGUCAUGAACCGUAUCUUGAUGCAGCGUGAAAAGCUUGCGAUCCUAUCUAUCGAGUUUGUAUGGGCAGUGAGGCGUAUAGGUAUGUUCAGAUCAAGCCAUGACUCCCUGACAAUCCUUUCUGAUGGUUGGCGUCUUCUAGAGCAGCUGAGCUGGUUUCGCCGACAUUUGCGUAAUACUUCGGAGUCUGCAUACCCCAUAAGCCUUGAGGUUUACGUGACGGGCGAACGGUCUGCAUGUGGCUCAGUACAUGACGACACCGACACUCAAGGAUCUCUAUGCGGAGCAGAAAUGGAGGUUCUUCUAAGAGAGGAUACGUUUCAUUACGAAACUCUCUCUGGGAUGGGUAAUGUAUGCGGGUUGACUGAUCACAUAACCGGCGAUGAGCCGAAAUGCAACCCGUUGUUUGAGAAGCUAGACGUUGAUAGAACAGUUGGCAAUGGCGUGGGAGCAUCUGGAAGUCAUGAGCGAGUUCUCCUCUUGUCUUGCGGGCCCAAGACCCUCAUGGAUGCCGUGCAAGAUUCAGCAAGUAAAUGGCAGAAAAAACGAAAUAUUAGAAUAGAUGUCCACUGUGAGGACUUUGGUGGUUGA